AUGUCGAAUCAUGAUAGGGAUAUAUCGAAGAGUAUACUGAAAGUACUCGAAUUGAUAGACGAUCUCGCAUACUCAAUUCUGUUGACUGAAGAAAAUCUUCUCUUUGAAGAAGUUAAAUCAGGAGAUUUUGAAGCCUAUGGAAAAUCAUUCCAAGAAAGAGUGGAGGAAGUGAAACUUGAUUAUUCGAUCGACACUAACAAUAUAUCCAAUUCAGGCGAAGAUGAAGCCGUGAGAAUUAAGAAUUUUAAUGAUGGUAUUGAAGAUAAUGUCAAACUCACAGUAUUAAGUUCAGCAUUCUAUACUUAUAUUUCCAAAGUAUUCCAAGAUAAAACGGGAGCAUUUUUGCCUUUAGAAAAGGGAGCUGAUACAGUCAAUGUCAAAGGUCAUCAGUUGAAAACAGUUAAUUUACGUCUUCUUUCCAAACUUGCAGUUUUAUUGGAUUUCCAAAUCUAUGUCAUAAGAAAUAUCUAUCCAAAUUCAAAACCUAUAUUCUAUGAAAGUAUUUCGAGAAUUCUGAAGUUAUUGUUCUCAAUUUCUACCAGUCAAGUUGAAGUAUUUUGGUAUUAUAUCGAAAGUAGAGGUAAAACUAUUCAACAACAUGUUUUCAAUAAAGCUGCCAUUAAUGAUAGAAUAUCCAUUCUUGAAAUUUGUAAUAGUUUGACAGACAAGUACAUUCCAAUUGAUUCCAAAGGAAACAAAAGCUCUAUUUUAAAGGAUAAUUUCAACGAUAGAUUCCAGUAUAGAUUAAGAGCAUUCAUAUCUAAUUUAUUCAAUUUUGAAGAUAAUACUGGUCUUAAUAAGUUUUUCCAUAUUUCACAAAGAGUUCCAAUCGAUUUGACUUUUAAAAGUCACUUUCUAGAAGAUCUUGUUACUAUUCAUCGUAUUUUCAAUGAUCCAUAUUAUUAUUUAAAGAAACAAAAUGCGAAAGAUGCAACCAUUAUAAUUGAAAAGAUGCUUAUGGUCCUUCAUACCUUCCUUGAAGAAAAACAGAAACUUGCAGUUGGUGAUCAAUUUGAAAUUCACAAUUCAAAAUCAGAAGAAACUAAAAAGUAUUUAACUAACAAAUUCUCAAAGUUACAAUAUUAUCCUGAAAACUAUUUAAAGACUGCUUUCACAUCUAGUAAUCCUGCUGAUGUUUUAAAGGAAGAUAGAGAUUAUUUUAAUGAUCUUAGUAAAGAACCAAAAGUAAUCUUGGAAUACAUUAUUAUGAUUUCAAUUUUAUGUGGAUUCUAUUUUGAACUUACACGUGAUAAUAAAGCCGAUUUUAUAAAACAAUUAGGAGCUCCAAGUUCGAUCAAACAUAUCACAGAAGAUUUUUGUCCUGACACCAUAAAGGGAAAGCUUUACAAAAUGAAAAAGGAAAUUAUCAAUGAAAUUAAAUCUGUUGACUCUCUGUUGGCAUUUUUGAUUCAGUCUCUUAACUUUUCCGAUAAAGUAUGGUGUGGAUGGUUAUUAUUUGGUAAAGAUCCAAAGACUAAUAAACCAUUAUUCGAUGAUAAAUUGUUAACUGAAAAAGAUUUGCAAGACGCAGUUGAAAAGUUAACCGCAUAUUUACCCUUUAAGAACAAGAAGUAUUUUAAUACCUAUGUUACUCCACAACUUUCUAGAAAGAUGAAGAUCGAAAGAGGGCUAAACAAGUUAGAAAAUUACGAUAUAGAAAUGAAUGAAGUUGAUGCUAGAGAUGUAGGUGAAGAAUCAAUCAAUUUACAAUCGUGGAAGAAAUUUAGAAAAGCGAGACGUUCUCAAUGGUUAUCAUUUGGUGAAUUAGUAAAACCAGAUACCCUAGGUGAAAUCGUCUCCCUCGAUAGAAAGAGACCGCUUAUAGAUGAUGAAGACGAUUCAAAUACCCUAACAAAGAAGCAAAAAGUGUAA